AAGUGCAAUUUAAUAUUUUCUCGGUUCAAAUGACGAAAGGGAGAAUAAUCGUAUUUGGACGGACAGACCGAGGACACACAUCACUUAGAGAUGUGUUAGAGAAGUGUGUAUAUCUGUGUGAGAGAGAAGGGAGAGGGAGAGAUGGAAGAAAUUAGAUAGAGAGGAAUGGAAGAAAAGAGAGUGAGAGAAAGAUAGAAUGACAGAAAGAGAGAGAAAAAAUAGGGAUGAAGGAUAGAGAGAGAAAGAGAGGGAUUAAGGGGAGGGAGAGAGAAAGAGAGAGAGGGGGGAUGGGGUAACAAUAGGAAAUGUGAUAUUUGAAUGCAUUUUUUGUCUGUAGUUAUGAAUGAGAGUGAUUGUCACACGCACACACGUACAUACACACGCAAGCUUAAGCACACAUAUUGGUGUGCACAAUAAAGGAACGUGCACAGCGCACGAAUGUGCAGCAGCAGGUAUAAAGUAAGGUAUGUCUCUCUCUCACACGCACACACACACACACACACACACACACACACACACACACACACACACACACCAAGUGUGUGUGUUAGAGACAUGAGAAGAAAGGAAUUGUGGAAGUGGUUUGUGUGCGUUUAGGAUGUAAGAACGGGAAAGUGAUUUCUCUCUCGCUCCCUCGCUGUAUCGAUGGGCGCAUUAACAAGUAUCGGUGCUUGACGCGCGUGUGUUUGAGUGUGAAUGGGAGGGUGAGGGGCGGCAGGUGGAUUUUCUAAUAGUUAAUGCCCAUUGGUUCCACCCACAAAAACACACGCACGGGAUUAAAGGUCGGGCGGGGAGUGCGCGAGGCAGGUAUAAACGGGUGCGGGUCUCGAGAGGACCAGUCAGUCCGCAGCAUCCUCUGAAGCCGGCGGUCGAGCAAGACAAACCUCCCACUUGGGGAACUGCCUCAACUCGGAUAGUUCACCUUGACUUUAUAAUCAUCCGCCGACGACCGGGCUUCCACCUUGGCUUUCUUCACGGACAUUCAUUUAUUAUAGCAUAAUCGUUUUAUUCUCCGGAACUUCUUUUGGAUUUUCUUUCCGUCUUUAGAAAAAAAUGAGGGCCGUUUGGGCUCUAUUCUCCCUCGUGCUUGUGACGAGAUGGACCGGCGGAGAGGCGCGUGUCAAGCUCAACUCCAUCAGAACCAUAAUCUUACGGGAGACCCACGCGCUGCCAGUGAACCGGACCACAAGCCCCGUGACCGGCGCAGACUUUGCAAAGCUCUACCAGUGCAUCAGUGACCUGGAGUGUCAUGAGGGCAGCUACUGCCACGCGCCAUCAAAGCGGUUCUUCUACUCCCGCUGCAAGGCCUGCCGCCAGAGGAAGAGACGUUGCCAAAGGGACGGAAUGUGUUGUCCCGGCCAUCGCUGUAGCAACAACAUGUGUGUUCUGGAUAGCUUCCUGGCCCAGAGCAUCCAAGAUGAGGAGCUGAUUCCAGAGAAGAGACCAUGGAAGACGAGAGGAGCUGUCUCCAAGCUUUCCUCUGUCCGAGGCCAGGUAGGAGACAUGUGCCUGCGCUCCACGGACUGCUCCCUUGGCCUGUGCUGCGCCCGACACUUCUGGAGCCGCAUGUGCAAGCCCGUGCUGCAGGAGGGCCAGGUGUGCACGCGGCAGCGCCGGAAGGUGCAGCACCUGGAGAUCUUCCAGCGCUGCCAGUGCGGGGCGGAGCUGAGCUGCAGGGCCGUGCGGCCGGAAUCCCCCCCCCCGGCCACUUCCUCUUCCUCGUCGUCAUCGUCCUCUUCGUCCGCAUCCGCUUUGUCAUUAUUAUCGGCGUCAUCUUCCUCUUCCUCUUCCUCCCAUGCCCGCCACGCCUCCCCCCACACAUCUCUCCUGUCCAGCUCUUCAUCGUCCUCACCGUCAUCAGCAUCAUCCUCGGCUGCGAAGACCAGACUUCACAUGUGUCAGAGAAACUGAGAGAGAGAGGGGGAGGGAGGGAGUGAGACAGUGAGAGAGGGAGGGGGAGAGAGACAGUGAGAGAGGGAGGGGGAGAGAAAGAGAGAAAUAUAGAGACAGAGAGUGAGAGUUAGAGAGGGGGAGACAAAGAUAGAGGGAGAGAGAGAGAGAAGAUGUUUAAUGCAUAUCCUGUUCAACUGGCAGACUUUAGGAAGCAAGUUGCUUCCUAAGUUUAUGUGUGUGUGUUGGGGAAGGGGGGGGGGGGGGGGCUUAGUAUCAAUCACUUGUUAAGAACUCAUCUCCAUGACAACACAGCUGAAACUGGGACCACCCCACUAAGUGAUGUAACUCCCCUCGAUUUGAGCAUGCAUGUGAGUUUGUAUAUGUAAACAUUUUAUUAUUUUAAAGUUAUAGAAAUCCUUUUAUAAUAAACCGA